GACGCGAACUGGGGCAUCUCUUGCGAAACUCUUCUCUCCUCUCCAGCGCGUGCCAGACGUCCUCUCGCUCGUUCUCCGAGGGGACUAGUAGUAGGUUUUUAACUGAAGCAGAGUGACGUGAAUAGAGACGAAAGAAAACCUUUGACAUUGUUUUCUGACUUCAGCAUUGCGGUCGAAAGGUGGAGACCGGUCAGUAUCAUGGUUUGGAGCAAGCAACUAAUGUCAACAGGCUUUACGGGUAAAGUGUAACGUUUAGCCUGGGUGCUCUUGCAGUUGAGAGAUGUCAGCGCAAGGGAUACUAAACAGCGUUUUCUCCUGCUCAUCCCCGGCCGCCAAAGCCCUUUCCAAAAGACGCUUGCGACAGACCCGCAGCCUCGAUCCAGCCAUCAUUAGAAAUUACAGCGCCGAGGAUCUGGACAUAUCGAAGACACCUGGACACCUCUCGGCGGGGUUUGGGCUACCUUCGCCCGAAUGCUUGGAUGCGUCAAAGUUUGAGCAGCGCUCUAAUACACCAGCGUUGACAUACUCCUCACCCUCGUACUCCAGCCCGUCCACUCCACAUGAUACAUCCCCAUCCACCAAUUUUCACUUCGAUUUUGACUUCAAAGGCGCGAAACGGAAUACCGCAUGGGAUUUACCAUUCCUUGCCAGGAGUCCUAGCAUCACCCCUGCCAGUAGCACAAGUACUAUCUUUUCCCCGAGGAGAUGGCUCCAGAGGAAGUCCCAACCGCAAACUUCUCAAGCAUACGUAGUGUGGAAAUCUGAGGGUGAUUUCACCUGGAACAGUCUGUCUGGGCGCAGCGUGCGUCUGAAGCCUGUGGCUGUGCAGAGCCUGUCGGAGCUGGAGCGUGUGCGGCUGCAGGAGGUGGCAUAUGCCCGUCUCCACCAGGACUACGACCUGGGCUGCCAAAUCACCAUUCCCAAAGAUGGACAGAAGAGGAAGAAGUCCCUGCGGAGAAAGUUGGACUCGCUAGCCAAAGAGAAGAACAGAGACAAAGAGUGCGUGCCCCAGGCCUUUGCCAUCCCUCUGUCUCAAGUGAUCACCAAUGACCGUGCCCAGCGGCAGCGGCAGGACGGCCUCCGGCAGGACGCGGCGCCGCGCGAGGACCAGCGUGACACCAGCGACCUGGUCUCCUCCAUCCUGCAGUUUGCCACCAAGCGGCCCGCCACCAAAGAGCUGUCCAGCAGCAACUCCUCGCUCAGCUCCACGUCGGAGACGGCCAAUGAGUCGUCACCCAACACGCCCGAGGCCGCACCACGGGCACGCAGGAGGGGGGGCAUGUCGGUGGACUCCAUCACUGACCUGGACGACAACCAGUCUCGGCUGCUGGAGGCCCUGCAGCUCUCGCUGCCCGCCGACACGCCCAGCAAGAAGGAGAAGCACCGGGACAAGCGGCUGAGCCUGAACCCCAUCUACCGCCAGGUGCCCCGCGUGGUCGACUGCUGCUGCCAGCACAUGGAGAAGUAUGGUCUUCAGACUGUUGGGAUUUUCCGGGUUGGCAGCUCGAAGAAACGAGUGAGGCAGCUGCGUGAGGAGUUUGACCGCGGUGUGGAGGUGCAGCUGGAGGAGGAGCACAGUGUGCAUGACGUGGCCGCGCUGCUCAAGGAGUUCCUCAGGGACAUGCCAGACCCACUGCUCACCAAGGAGCUCUACACCGCCUUCAUCAGCACCAUGUUGCUGGACCCUGAGGAUCAGCAGAUCUGCACGCAGCUGCUGGUGUACCUGCUACCUGCCUGCAACAGCGACACCCUCCACCGCCUGCUGGACUUCCUGUCCACCGUGGCUCGCCACGCUCACGACUCGCAGGACAAAGACGGCCAAGAGGUAACCGGGAACAAGAUGACCUCGUUGAACCUGGCCACCAUCUUUGGGCCAAACCUGCUGCACAAGCAGAAGAACUCCGACAAGGAGUUCAGCGUCCAGAGCUCGGCCAGGGCCGAGGAGUCCACCGCGGUCAUCGCCGUCGUCCAGCGCAUGAUUGACACCUUUGAUGCUCUCUUCAUGGUACCACCUGACCUGCAGAAUGAGGUUCUAAUGAGUCUGUUGGAGACAGACCCUGACGUGGUGGAUUACCUGCUUCGGAGGAAAGCAUCACAUAGGAGCCCUGACCUGCUGCGCUCCGAGGCCUCCUUCACCAUCAGCGAGCGCCGCUCGUCCAGCGACUCCAACAAGGCGUCCAGCGGCGAGCUCUCUCCCUACGACAACAACUCGCCCGUGCUGUGUGAGCGGAGAGGGACGGAGGGUGCGGGCAGCAGUGUCGGCGGCGGCGGGUCGUCUGGACCAGAGCGGCUCUUCCGGGUUCCGGAGCAGUACGCGCUGGUGGGCCAGGUGGCCGGCAAGUCCAGGGAGAGCAGCAGCAGCAGCAGCUUGUGGUCACCCACUAAAGACGUAUCCGAGGAGCAUGUAAACAUCUGGGGGGCCUGGCACUCCACCCUCAAGCCUGGCCUGAAGGAUCAAGCCUAUACAGGGUCGCAUGGCAACGUCUCGGAGGGGAGUUCCCGCAGCUCUCAGGAGGGCAUCGACGGUCACCAUGGCGACGGGCGGCACCAGCCGCGGCAGCGGGCCCAGACUCACACGGCGGUGAGCCCUCAGCCGCACCUCCUGGCGUCGCGCUCCUGCAGCAGCCCCCACUCGGCGUCCAGCUCCUCCGAGGACCUGCCCCUGGGCAGCAGCCACGCCAACCAGCACCACCACCACGUGGCCUUCGCCAAGCAGGGCAGCAGGAAGGACUCGCGCCCGCCGCCCCCCGUUUACUGCGGCCACUCGGCAACGGGCAGUGCGACGCUCCCGCCAAUCUCUCGCGCCCACCAGCAGGGCAGCGGGAGGUCGGCUGUGCAGAACUCCACGGCGCCCACGGGCACGGUGCCCAGCAGCUCAGACUGGCAAGACUGGCAGAGGGACCGCUGGCACAUCUGGCAGCUCCUGUCCUCGGACAAUGCCGACACACUGCCCGAGACGCUGGUGUGAGGGAACACACACACACGCAUUCACACGCUCUCACACACACAGGACCAUUAACUCACUCUCGCUGCCUCACCAGUGCCAACCGCCCAUUACUGUCCAUUACCGUGUGCCAGGUCCUGACGGUAUUUUUUAUUUGUUUUUGCGCCGUCAUCUUGUGAUGUUGCUAUGGUCACCAUUGUGUUGCUGCAGUGUCUUCUGAAAGCUUGGGUGGUGUGUGCUAGUGGUUGCCAUGGUUUUUGCUCAAGUCUUGCCAUGAUUCAUCAGUGCCACCUUGGAUACAUCACGCAUUCCAUCCCAUGUAUCCGACCAGUGUUCUGAAUCCUCCAAGAGCUAUGAAACAGCACUUACAUGAAGACUCACAUAACCUGUCACUAAUCUUUGCUACGCUAGUGAAUGUGUUUUGUGUAAUGUGGCUUCUGCAGAGGGUGUGUGGUCCUGUCUAGUCAGACCUACCCACUCCCAUUAAGCCAGACUAAAAGCCCUGACACAGGUACCGGUACCUCAAACCCAACCACUCUUGCUCACCAUGACCUUACAUUGUCGUUGUGAAACUGACAGAAAUCGUAUUAUUCUUUUGUAAAAGAAAAAAACCACAUCACAAACACAACCUUUCAAAUAGUGAGUUGCUGUGUGCUGGUCUUUUUGGGUGGUGUGUGCACUGAGACAUGAGAACCUGGUGACAGAUGUCGUGCGUCACUGCGCCUGGUGAAUGGGGACCUCCCCACGUCUGUGUGCUCAGGCAUCACGAGUAAAUGAUGAAUUGACUAGAAUCGCUGCUACUACCCGUAUAAACGCACAGACUCAGUUUAUAUAGGCCUCCUCUGAUCCCCUUGUGAACACAAAGCUUUCCCUCGAGACUUCCUCAUGGGUGAGUUUUUACUUUGGUUGAUGUGUUCAGAGAAAUAGAAGAUGUUUGUGCCAAAAGAUGCCACGUAAAUCCUGCCGACAAAACCGAUGAAAGCCCAUACCCCAGUGUACCUCAGUAUACUGCAUAGAUAAUUAACACUGUGAAUAUUUAUGUCGUAGUGCUUUGCUUUAUGUGGUCACACAAUCCUUCAUUAGAUCCGUAAGAUGUACAUUUAGAUCUUGUACCAUUGAACAGUUGCUAUCCUUUAAAACACUCAUUUAAAUUGAUCUCUGACCACCAAACAUUUUGAAGAUCAAAAUAAUCAUACCUAAAUACCACUGGUAUGGCUUGUUUAAGGUGGUACUAGUCAUUGGCAAAUGAUCUUGCACACUUAUUUUAUUUGUAUUUUACCAAUUGUUCAUAACAUUUUUGGUUUCUUUUCCAGAGAGAAAAGUGCUUUUUUAGUCCAAAAAAGGGAGCAGUGACCAUUUGGUUUCUAACAAACUUAAAUAACUUUUAACCCAUAAAGGUACCAGUAAAAUACAUUAUAUAAGUCAGUGUAUUUGUUAACAUUAACAAACCCUGAGCCUCUUAUAUCACAUACAUUAACAUGUUUCAUUGCAUUCCUUAGCAAGAACUGAAGCAUGAACAAAUAUUAACUAGUGUUUUGUUUUUGUUGAAGUUUCUGUAACAAUUCUAUGUGAAUGAAUGAAACCUGAAUGUAAAGUGUAACCCAAAAUAGGUUCAUAUUAGGUCAAUAAUUCGAAUAGGUUACAGGACAGAACUGACAUUGUAGAGUACUUUUGAAACAUGCCAAUGUGGCUCUUCAAAAGUACUCUUUUUGUGAAGAAUUCAUUCUGCAGAUUGUUGGUGGGGUCACAUUUCUCAAAAUCUGUGCUGGUUUGGAUUUCAAGGUCACGUUUUAUAAUGCAGUAUACCUAUAUGAAGCCAUAUGAAAUAUUUUGAUACCAAUAUCUCUUACAGUAAAGAAGCAUUAUUGAAUUAGACAUAUUUCAUCAUGAUAUAUAGUGUAUGUGGCCAUGUGAUACAGAGACAAGAGUGUUUUUCUACAAAGGGUUCCCCCUACUGGCUCUGAGUGGGUACUGACACAUCACUACACCUGCAUCAGUAGGCUAUAGUUUCUUUUCUCUCCUUUCAGUUUAGGUAUAUCUAAAUUUGGCACCUUAACACAUAUUGAGGGAAGUCAGUAUGCAACCCUUGACUUACAGUAAGUGACAAUUGAAAAGUUGUGUGCCAAAUUGUAAAUCAACUCAAUGUUCCAUCACAAAAAUGUAGUGAACCUGUUUAACUUUCACUGAAAAUGAUGCAUUGCAAAGGCACUUGUCUCAGUGAUUAAAUUUUUGUCGUAGACUUUGUGAGAAAUGUUGCCAAAUACUCAUCGGGGUCUGUGUUUCACGUGCCAAUUCUUCUCUUGUGAACUAAAACAUUGUGACAAUUCAUCCUUUUAUAUAGGAAAUGAAGCCUGGUCUAAGGAGUUUAUUAUUUUUAUACUACUAUAUUGAUUGUACAGGUGUGUGCCAAGGUGUAUGUAAAAACGGGAUUCAGGAUCAUAUAACCGUUCUGAUCUGGCCAUCUAAAAUGAAUGAAUGAAUUUUGUUUUGAUUAUCUGGGUUGGAACAAGCCAAUAGACAUGUUCAUCUGGCAUGAGUCUGCUCUGUGGAGUUUUUAAAGAGCAGUGUCAAAAGUGCUUCUGAUAGAAUCUGUAACAGGUGCAGAUGGAUUAGGGCCUUCAAGAGUCAUGGGACCUCCCACAGCACCGUUAGCUCACAAGGUCAAUGAAUAGCUGGAUUUCCACACGAUUUUUUAAUUAAAAUUUUGCCCGUCUGAGUACGAAAUACCGAAUGGAAUGGAAAACCUGCAGGUGUGUCUGGCAUUAGCGUGUCUGCAACAAACGGAAUAAGUGAGUGGCUCAUUGGGGGAAAGAGUUCAGAGCAUCCACUCACAAGAGGAUAUUCAAUGUCCCACUGAUCUGCCUAUCAAGAUUUGGUCAUUCUGGCCCGACUCAUUACAAAGUGGUUAAACUGUUAACUGUGAACACAGUUAUUAAAAUAGCCUGAUGUCAAGGAGAGUCCCAGAGAUGUUACCAACACUAACUCCCUUGUAUAAUAUUUGCUGCAAAUACUAUUGCAUUCAAGUUUGUCCGUCAUAUAGAUAUUUGCUGGCAAAUAUGAGCUGUGUUGUGGUUGAGUGGAUUAUGUUUGUUUUAAUCCAUGUCGUGUUUAAAGCAUUUUUUUAGUCCAUGACUCUUUGCCAAGUGUUGUAGUCUCUUUUGGUAUUCAAAAGCGGGCUUAAAUUUGACAUUUUUCUAAUGCUAUGAACAUUGCCAUGAAUAUGGAGUAGCAUUCCAAAAAUAUCAAAUAUUUGAUACUUUUUGUUUUCUCUUGGAGAGUCAACAUUGAUGUCAUUUGGGUGUUAUUUGUGCCAUAUUGUCUCUUUAUCAAAUAUUAUUUGAUACUAUAAAACAUUCAUGCUGAAGCUUUUGUAUUCUGUGGUCCAAAUGUAAAGUUAUAUAUUAUUAUCAUUAAUAUUGGUAUACAGUGUUGUCAAGGAACAGUUUGUACUCAAAAAUAUUAAAGAAUUUUUUGUACGGUCUGACAGUGCUCAGAGGCUUGCAUUGGUGAUGUUCUGUUGUCUUAAUAUUGAAUUAUGUCCUGUUGGAAUAAAUGAAAGUGCAAAUUCA